UGGCGUGGGUUAAACAUCCAGAAAUUGAAUGAUCGUAGCCGCCAGGUACGGAAAGAUACAGAUUGUGGCGAGGCUUUUCGUAGGGAGGCAGGUGCUCGUGUUGUACCGACACACAUGAACAGUGAGGCCCUCAGCCUCUCGCCCUAUCCAGCACGACAUGCAAAACUGGCGUCUUGUGCACAUCGGGAUAUGUUGUCUCGUGAAAGUCCGUUUCUCUCCAUCUCGCGCCUCUGCAGUUUGUCGUCUUGCACCAUUAACUUACUGAACGCGGAAGACGACGAACAGCCCUCCAUGAGCCAGUACUCACAGCAUGCAGGCUUGUCUUCUAUCGAAGACUGGGGGUACUCGGAGACCCAGAAUGAGGCCCCACCUGCUGCAUGUAUCGGUUCGUCAUCACAGGUGGUGGGACAGCAACAGCAGUGUUUCACACAUGAUGGCUGUCAGUCCCAAUGUCCCAUUGGAGACAACGUCGGGACAAAUGUCGGAGUACCGAAGGGAGAUGUGCAGCGGCCCCACACGAGCUCUACGUUCCUGUUCGGGGGUCCAGCAUGGAGUGGGGGGCCCGUCCGUAGCCCGGACAAUGCACAUGUCAUUGGUCCUAUGACCGAUGUCCCACGUGCAUCUGUUGUCACAGGUCACAGACAGUUGUCAUCUCCAGUUUCGCCCGUCGGGGGGUUCCAAAUCGGCUUACGCGAAGAGGAUGAGGUUACCCUUCGGCAGCACCUGCGAAUGCGUGCGAUGGCCAUGUCAGAUGGCCUUUCUCUGUCACCGGACGAACGUGACAUCAAUGGUAUUAUGACAUCUCCUGCUCGUAACGGCGGAAGCCGCCAUGGCAGUCCCGGUCCCUCCACAGUCAGUUCUGUGGAUAAUGACACGAUGGGGUGUCGUUCGUCACACCUCCCUGCAGCACUCUCGGCGAUUCCCCACGCGAGUUUCCCACUGUCACCUGACCCAUUCCGUCGUGAUGGUUCACCGCAGCCGCAUAGACCACGAACCGGGUCACUGGAGUACGUCAUCAACCGCAUCAUUCGGGCCAAUGAAGCCGGUGUCCCACCGGUGGACUGCCCAACCAACACGACGCUCGGAGGCGAGGCGGUUGUAGAUCCGACAGCCCCGUGGCGCACCCCUCCCCCACGUGUACCGUUUGAAGGUCUGAACAGUCCGUCUCCGGUCACUGCGCAGUCCACCUCGCAGCACACUCCAUGCAAUGUGGAGAACUUGGCAGGCACGAACGAAGUGAAGAGUCUUAUGGGGGAAGAGACGGAGCCGUUGGGUCGCGCGAGGCUGAAAGCAGGUUUCUGGAAGGAUGUGGAGCAGCGCAUGAAGGGAAAGGGCUUCAACCGUAACGCUCAUCAGUGCAAGAACAAGUUCAAUACACUCCUUGACUACUACAGAAGAUUGAAGGUGCACGAAGGCUGGUCUGGUUUGCCGAGUUACUGGGACAUGAACCAAACAAGGCGGAAGAAGUACAACAUCGACUUCGUUCUUCGUCGGGCUUGGUAUGACAUCAUACACCCAGUGGGGAAAGACAAGGACUCCAUUUAUCUGACGAAUUUGAUGGACUCAGGGGCGGACGAGGAGCGUCUUGAAGACAGCGAGAGGUGCAACGAUAUUGAUGGUGAGACGGAGGGAGGAAGUGAAGACCCGGCGGUCGGGUCAGCCAGUUCACUGGGGCUUGGGAGUUCACAGGGUGGGCGGCGUUCAACGGGCUUCGAUCCGAUGCUCAGUAAACGAAGGAGAACUGCCAUAAAUGCACGCGAGUUGAGUAUGCAGACUGUGACAAGUGCUACGUGUGAUCACACCGCCGCUCUCACAUGUUCUGACAGGGAGUGCAUGAAGAUAUGUUGCGAAGCGACACGUGACAUCGCAAGGCACCAGGCUGAGGCUCAUCGGGAACUUAUGCAGCAGGACAUUCCGUCACGUGAGAGGAUAGCUACUAUAACUGGGGACGGGGUGGAGAAGGGUUAUCUCGUUCUUGCAGAUGCCAUCCGAAGUUUGCGUCCUCGUAGGAACAGUCCAUCUUCUCGGCCAGAUAGCAGCGAUUCGCGGUAGUUGUAGUUGUGCACGGUGUGGAAGUUCGUUUUGUCUCAUAGGUGUUCUCAAAUUUCAAUUUUUUUUGGUCGUCUCCUACUUUAAUCGCUGCCUCGUAGAGUUCUGUAACAGCACUUCAAGCU